CAGUUGCUGAGGCAGAAAGAGAGUUAUAAUUUAUUUGUGUAUACAUGUUUUGGAAAAGAGGCGUAAAGGAAGAGCUCUAUGGACCCCAUCUCACUUUAGCUUACCUACUAUGAAUUGUCCCAGAGGCAGCAGGAAGCACGAGUGGCGAACCUGUAUAGUUUCAACGGAAGAUGGCCUUUGUCUGGGUUCGAGCGACGAGUACGGUGGCCGGGGAGGCCAAAUGAGUAGAGAUCUCCGUUUGCACUUUCGCACGCGCUUGUAUGAACGAUGGCAUCUGAGCAGUCUUCGCAACCGGAGAGUCGCGGCUCUGGCGAAGAGGAGGAUGAGGACUUUGGCUACCGUCGGUUUCCCGAGCGAACUCUUGGCCAGGGGAAGAAGCCCGCGUUGAAGGGAAAAAUAAUAUCCACCUUGUUUGGUUCCCAGUAUAGGUGCCAGUCGAUGCUGAAGGUUGCUCUAGACAGUCCACAAGCUAAACUGCUACUUGAAGCUAUGAAGAAUUCUGGCUGUGCUGUGACCAAUAACCGACACAUUUCAUGUGAAAAUUGUGAUAAACAUGUUGGUGGAGGAUUUGAUUCUUCAGUAUCACAGAUUGUACUUUGCCAAAACAAUAUACAUAAUCAAUCUCAAAUGAACAGAGUGGUUGCACAUGAACUUAUUCAUGCAUUUGAUCACUGCCGUGCUCAUGUGGAUUGGUUUAACAAUAUAAGGCACUUAGCCUGUUCAGAGAUUCGGGCAUCUAAUCUCAGUGGAGAUUGUUCUCUCAUAAAUGAGAUGAUGAGGUUUAGGUUUGGGCUGAAGCAGCAUCAGCAGACUUGUGUAAAGAUGAAAGCUGUUCGCUCCAUGUUGGCUGUUAGAAAUAUCACUAAAGAAAUGGCAGAGAAAGCAGUAGAUGAAGUCUUUGAAUCUUGCUUCAAUGAUCAUGAACCAUUUGACAGAGUGCCUCACAGCAAAUUGGAUGCAAAGUAUGCAUACAGAGGUUUUCAAAACCGUCACCGUUACUAUCAAAAUUUAUAAAUGAAAACUGUUUGU